AUGCGAGAAAGGGUUGUUCUGAUUGCCAAGUCCAUAGAAAAUGACAUAAUCAUCCCAGACCCUGCUCCAGAGUGGGUGUCUGAUACCUUCUUGAAGAAAUAUGACGAAUUGGAGCCCAUCCUUGUAAAGGAUAGUGUCUGGUGCUUCCUCCGAUUAUUCGUGAACUGUGCAGGCAAGGGCAUGUCAUGGGAUCUUACCAUCACCGCACAAACCUUAACCUUCAUUGUCUGUUUCAAUGCCCUGCAAUGUGCAAAAGUUCUAUUGGAGGGCAUGGCACCUGAGCUCUAUGGGAUGCACGCCAAUCCCAACUGCAUUAACCAAUAUGGAUACUUCGCGCUCCAUGAAUCUGCUGAAAGGUUCUCUGUUGACAUGAUUAAGCUGCUUUUACGCCAUGGUGCAUCAGCCAAUGUGCGCACAGUUGGCAAUAAUAUCAUUGAGAAUCUACUUCUGCUCCAUGUCGCAGUUGAGAAUACUUGCCUGCAUAAGUAUCUGGAGGACAACCUGGAGGACAAUCUUUCUCGCAGCCAUAAUCCACUGGAUUAUAUCUACAAGCUUAUCCAUCUGCUGUGUCUACCUGAAAUGAAGAUCUUCUUGGAUACAACUAGACUGCUUGCAGAAAAAACAAAUAAUUUACUUCAAGAGCUCUGGAACUACAUUGAGGAUGGAAAACUUAUCCAGUCUGCAGUUCUACUACCAGCUGCUCAAGAGCAGAUCCGUCGGGGCAGUUCUCCGAAGAUAAAUGACAGUAGUAAAAAAAAUGGGUUUGACAUUAUCAAUAACUGUAUAGUGAGGCUUUCAUAUGCCUUGAGAUUGGAGAAAGGUUCACAUGGAAUGACACAUGAGCUUCUGGAGGAAAGGAAGACACUUUUUGAUUAUACAUGGCUGCUUGUUGAUGUAAUUUCCCAUGUCGGUGAAGAUCUUUCUGCAUACAUUCAAGCGCAUUCUGAGGUGCCCCAUGUGGAGGUCUUUCAACAUGUUUCAUCUAUCCUUAAGGAGUACGGAUUUUGCCCUCCUGGAGAUUUCAUGGACACUCUAAACCUCCAGCCUUAUGACUGCAGAAAGUCAAACGGAGAGUCAUGUAAAGGUGUGUCAGAUGCAAACAUGACAGUUACGGAAACGGCCAAUCUGGAUGCUGCAGAGGAAAAGGCUGUGAGAAAGGAAGUAGGCGGAGGAUGGGAUCCCACGUAUACGAAGAGAAGUUAUUUCCCAUAUUGGAGAUCAGUGUUAGAAGCCCGGUUUCCUGUGAGGGUGUAUCCAGCCUAUGCAAGCUCAGAUCCUAGGUCUGGUCUUAAACCUGGACAACUACGUGUUUCUCUGAGUAAGAACUUAAUAAUGGCCAAUGGAUCUACUCCAACUCAAAAUUAUAGACCUGCUCCAGUGCCAAGAAUCUUGCCACUUACAAGCAAUAAUCAACCCAGAAGGUGCUUUAUCACUGCUGCUACUAGUGCGUUCAGGCUCUUGAAGGUGCUAAAGUAGAGUAGAAAGGUAUGCCGGGAGUUUCUCUCCCUGAAUCCUUGUCCCAAGUUUUCUGAACA